CCCUCGCAGUUUGCCACUGGGUUUUGCAGUCUCCUGAUUUACUCAGUCCACAAGAGGAGCCAACAUGGGCAAUGGCCUCUGCAGUUUCAGGAGCUAGUUAGUGGCAGGGGAAGCCCCGUUCGGAGUUGAGGAGUGGGAAGGUAACCCGUAUGCUUUUAGUUUCAAACAUCUGCCCCAAAGAGACUGUUGCUCUUCUUCUGGAAAAGCCUGAUUGGUAGGAUUCCUCCCAAGGCUCAGCCCGACGUGCUGUAUGCCAUCCCCUCUCCAACUUCGACCCUGAAGCUUGCCAAGAACCCCCGGAGGAAAACCUGCUGGCUUCCAUCCUUUGCCACAAAUGGCCAAUGCUGGAGGAGGCGCCGUCUGCAAUGGGAAUCUUUACAGUCACAAGAAACAGGACGGCUCACAGAAUGGAAACUGCAUGAAGAAUGGCCUCGUGAAGGAAGUCCAGAUACUUUUCAUUUUAUUCUUCCUUGAAAUCAUACCUAAUCAGUCACAAAAGGUCAUCAAAUCUUUCUUCAUGAAGAUCUCAGUCCCUUGUGCUAGAGUCUAGACAUAUCCAGGAAAGAAGGAAGCCAACUGUGUGUUCCCAUGCUGUGGAAAUAACCAGGAAGUGGAUCUUUGUCAAAAUGGGAAGCCACAUUUUUAUGAGAAGCCGAUUGUUGAAUCCUUUGAGGAAGCACCUCUUCAUGUUAUGGUUUUCACUUACAUGGGAUAUGGAAUUGGAACCCUAUUUGGCUAUCUCAGAGACUUUUUGAGAAACUCGGGAAUAGAAAAAUGCAAUGCAGCUAUAGAGCGAGAAGAACAAAAAGAUUUUGUGCCACUGUAUCAAAACUUUGAGAAUUUCUACACACGAAACAUUUACAUGAGAAUCAGAGACAACUGGAACCGGCCCAUUUGCAGUGCCCCAGGGCCUCUGUUUGACGUAAUGGAGAGGGUGUCGGAUGACUACAACUGGACAUUUCGCUUCACUGGAAGAAUCAUCAAAGAUGUCAUCAACAUGGGCUCCUAUAACUUCCUUGGCUUGGCAGUCAGGUACGAUGAAUCUAUGAGGACAGUGAAGGAGGUUUUAGAGGAGUAUGGAGUAGGUGUGGCCAGUACCAGACAUGAAAUGGGAACCUUGGAUAAGCAUAAAGAGUUGGAGGACCUUGUGGCUCAGUUCCUGAAGGUAGAAGCAGCCAUGGUCUUUGGGAUGGGAUUUGCAACUAAUUCAAUGAAUAUUCCUGCAUUAGUUGGGAAGGGAUGCCUCAUUUUAAGUGAUGAGUUAAAUCACGCAUCUCUUGUGCUUGGGGCCCGACUCUCAGGUGCAACCAUAAGGAUCUUCAAACACAACAACAUGCAAAGCCUAGAGAAGCUCCUGAGAGAUGCUGUAAUCUAUGGCCAGCCUCGAACCCGCAGAGCUUGGAAAAAGAUCCUCAUCAUGGUGGAGGGCGUCUACAGCAUGGAAGGUUCCAUUGUGAAUCUGCCCCAGAUCGUGGCUCUAAAGAAGAAAUACAAGGCUUACCUCUACAUUGAUGAAGCUCACAGUAUUGGGUCUGUGGGCCCGACUGGCCGGGGAGUAGCGGAAUUCUUUGGAAUGGACCCUCAAGAUGUCGAUGUGCUUAUGGGCACAUUCACCAAAAGCUUUGGAGCCUCGGGAGGUUACAUAGCUGGAAGGAAGGAGUUCCACAGCCAAGAAGCACCCAGAAUGUCAAGGAGCUCACCCCCUGACAGUGCAGAGGAAAAGGACCUUGUGGAUUAUUUACGGGUUCACUCACACAGUGCUGUUUAUGCUACCUCCAUGAGCCCCCCAAUAGCAGAACAAAUCAUCAGAUCAAUGAAAUUCAUCAUGGGACUGGAUGGGACCACACAAGGGUUAAAGAGAGUACGGCAACUUGCAAAAAACACAAGAUACUUCAGACAGAGACUGAACGAAAUGGGAUUCAUUAUCUAUGGCAAUGAGGAAUCUCCCGUGGUCCCCCUGCUCCUUUACAUGCCUGGUAAAGUAGCGGCCUUUGCAAGGCACUUGCUAAAAAGAAAGAUUGGGGUAGUGGUCGUUGGAUUUCCAGCUACUCCCUUAGCGGAAGCCAGGGCACGGUUCUGCGUUUCAGCAGCACAUACCCGAGAGAUGUUAGACACGGUGUUGGAAGCCCUAGAUGAGAUGGGUGAUCUCCUGAACCUGAAAUAUUCCCGGAACAAGAAGUCAGCACGCCCUGAACUCUAUGAUGAAACAAGCUUUGAACUCGAUGAUUAAGUUUCCAGGUCCUGAAUGGCACCUAAAGACUUUGCCAGAAAAAUUUUAUCUUUGCCUCAAAAAGAAUAUAAGUGCAUUUCUCUCCCUUUCUAAGGACAAUUUGGUUUUCAAACCACCUUAGUUGAACUGAGGGAGACGUUAUUGUAUUCUUAAUGUCUCCAUCUCAGGACUGUAGAGACAAAAAUACGGUUUCAGAUUUAUGUUUCUCUUCUCCCAAGUAACCUACUACACACACACACACACACACACACACACACACACACACACAUACACACACAUAUUUCUUAUAAUGUUUGUAAUGGCAAUAAGCCUGUGCUUUAGCUGCUACUGUGCAGCCUCUUUAGUCCAGACCCUUUCAGGAAUUCCAACCAAAGGAGUGGGUUUUGAUUUUUAAUUCCAUAGAUCCUACUGUGUGUUUACUUAUUCCAUCUCUGGAUGGGUCAAGAUGGUAGUCAGUAGCAGACCUCCUUGUUCUCACAUGAAAGCACCAGCUAGAACUCCUGUAUCACAGGAAAUUUCAGGAAGGAAGGUAAAGAAAUGUUGCUUCUACCAUUUGCCACAUUUGGACUUUCUCCAAGGACAAGUGUCAAAAGCCAUCGUUAGCGUUUUGAGGGAGAGAGCAGAACUGGCCAGCAGCAUCUAGAGACGUCUUUGAAGGAAACUUUCCUUUUCCUCUUGCUGGUCUCCUACAGUUUUACAGCUGAGCUUUUAAGGUUUGGAAAAUUCGAGAUGUGUGUUUCAUAAGGAAAGAUGGUAGACAGCAAGCACAAGCCAAUUUUAGGCCUAAACUAAAACCAUGAAGUUAGAAGCAUUUGAACAUUUUUGGUGCCAUGUAGAGUGAAUGUUUAGCAUGUGUAAUCUCUGUAACUUUAAGGAAUGGGUUGACAUUAUCCUAUUGAAUUUUGAGUUAAUAGUGAGAUUCCAUUUUCUUGAGAGUUGACUGCUAUGACUAUACUUGAAGAAUUGGUUUAAAAAUAUCUAAAACCAAAUAUUCAACUUUUUCAAGACUGACACACACACACACACACCAAUUAGGCCUAUUAACAUUAAAUAGUGCUGUCAUCUGCCAAAUGCACUUCAAUUUGGUGCAAAGUGAACUUGUGUGCUAUUGGCAACUAACUUUAAUUUACAUUCUCUCUCUUUCUCUCUCUUUCUCUCUCUCUCUCUCUCUCUCUCUCUCUCUCUCUCUCUCUCUCUCUCUCUCUCUCUCUCUCCCUCCCUCCCUUCCUUUCCUUCUCUCACUGUGUGUCUCUGAACACAAACUUUUCUGGAAUAGCACCCCUUCGCUAAUUGGAUCUAGUUGGUAUGGAAAAAGCCAGUGGAAAACCUUAUCUUUAACAAGCUCCCAGAUGGUGCACAGAUUUGGAAACUCUAAAGAGCAGUGGUGACCUUUUAGCAAAGCUUCUGUAAUAGUUUGAAUGAGUUACAGAACAUUCCACUCCAUCAAAUGACACUAUAAACAAAUCACUUCAAGAGAGGCUUGACUUUGUGUGACACACAUGGACCCAAGCUUUCAUGCUGUGCACUGAGAUAGAAACUCAACCCCAAGCACUGGUGUUGGAGGGAGCAACAUGACCUGAUGUUCAAAACCUGUUAAAGGAGAAAGGAGAUCUGCAUGGAAACUUUUAGGAAAUUAUAACCCCUAGUAGGUACAACAAUUUAAAAGUGGAUCACGAAUAUUUUUAAGUAGUAUAAUAUUCCUCAUGAACAAUUUUUAUGUAUAAUUAAGUUAGGAGGAGAGAAAGCAGGUUAUGAAAUGCUGUUGCCCCAUCUAAUGACUGAAUUUGAUAACUAAAUUUCAGUUCUUCUCCAUGAGCCAGUAAAGCAUUACUUGUGCAAGGAAAAUAGAUGUUGAGUAAAUGUACAGCGA